CUAUGGUCGAAAAAAAUUAUCAAUUCUCUGUCGAUUCAAAAAUUAAAGUUCCUUCAUUCAUUGGUUCAUUAACUAUUCCUGAUGAAUCAAAAUAUCAGAAAUAUAUUGAUUCUAUCAAACUCUCAGAUCUUAACCGAGAGAUGAUUAAUAACAGGACUGAACUUAUUGUAAUAUCCUUAUUUCUUGAACUUUUAUCCAAAAAUUUAAAAACAACUGACCAGAAAUUCCAGAAAGAUCAUAUGAGUUACGGGUUUUAG